AUGGGAAAUACUAUAGUAACAGGAUCUCCAGACUUCAGUCUCGACGACAUCCAUGCGAUAUGGAAAGGACAGCAGCAGCAGCCCGCAGCCCAACCUAAGGGCCUCUUUUCGGUGCCGCCGGAGGUGGAGGAGAGGUUCCGCGGCAUCACGCACAACCUUAAGGCGUUUCGAUUUUGUUGCCCUCCCACGCUACCGUGUCACAAAGAGCGGGAUUGGGAUGCGGACUCUGCUUUUCUGGAACCCCUGCCAGGUCUUGCGGCCUCCGCGGACGUCCGGCACAAAAAGUAUUCCUCGCUAUACGACAAGGCCUUACCCCAUUUGGUGGUGGAGCCGCUGGACCUGGGAAGUUCCAACGUGCGUCUGCUCCACACGGAUACGUGUCUGUUGAUCAACGUGUGUCGAGCCCUCCCGAGCGGUGAGACCGGGAGGAAAGGAGGGGAGGGGCUGCCCGGGGAGGGCGGCACCACGCCCGUUUCAUCGCAUUCCUCGGUGGAUGAUCCCCUUCCCGCGGGUCGGAGUGCGGACCCCCGUCAGGGGGUGGCGGCCGCGGUGGCGUCCGGGGUAGGGGCGUCGUGUUCGGAGGGCUGGGCGCGGGGGAUGGUGCAGCUUUUUACCCCCCGCGGUCUCGCGUCGUCUGUUUGUAACAAUUUGGCAGGCCCGACGGCGCCGUCGGCGUGCGGGGAGGGGCCGCGCGCCGCCCCCUCCCUCUCCACACCGGGCUUCACGUACAGCCUCCACGUCUUGAAAGGGACCAAAGCCUGCCCACUAGGGCCCUGUGCGGCCGUUCUACAGGCCUUGAUGCUAGAGGAAUACUUUUCCUUAGAUAUAUGCGCUGGCCAGCAGUUACUUCAGACGCUUUUUUUCAACUUUGGUCGAGAUCUGCUGCGGCGUAAGACGGUGCAUCGAGGAGGCGACCACAACGUCCGGGGAGGUUACUCUCAAUCUUCGAUUCGCAACGCUAAACCGCGAAGGAUUGCUGAGGAGCUCAUAGAUUGGAAGCCGUCAGUUUUUGGUGGCCUCAGCACGCUAAGCAGCGAUCGCACAAGGGAUUUGAUGAAUUCAAAGGAGGUAUGCGAGCGGAAUGCCUUACUCCACGCUCUCCAUAUUGUGCGAGGGUCGUACGGCUACGACCCCACUCUCAGAGACCGUUAUCUGCGAGGCGCACCGAUGGCAUCUGUAAACAUUUCUUGCACAUCAUUGCCCACCAUUGUCGCGUCGGGGCCAGGCCGGAAGGUUCAUCUAGUAGCCCCGAAGCGUACACUAAAUCGCCCACAAGGGCCACCACCACUCGAGAUACCGCGGUUGACGCUUGAUAAGAUUCGAACUAUUGAUACAGUGCACACUGCCAAAGCACCCUCAUCUGAGAAUCCGACUGGGGUUCCAUCUGGUGUCGUUUCCCAUUCAGAUCCUGUAACGCAGUCCGCAUCCCCUUCUUUAUCGGCGCGAAAAGACAAUGAAAAAGGCAGGGUUCGGCAUGUGGAUUCCUUCCAGAACAAUGAGUCGUCAGAUUCCGCGAGGACGCCACAGGCGCCGCGUUAUAUCCGACCUCUUCAGAUAACAACCUCCAUACCCACUGUCAAGAAGAUCCGUAAUCGGCGUCGUUCUUUAUCGUCCAAAUGCGGGGGAAAGAAGCAGGCUAUUGACUCCACGACGACGGAAAUUCCGAUCCCACUGCUCUCUUUGAAAAACAACCUUGCAACCGGUCCGAAUUUCGUCGGAAAGGUGAAUUGCAUAGGCUCAGUGGAGGGAGGGCACUCAACAGACACGGAUGAUAUGCAAGAUCGAGCGAGACGGCUUUUUCGAGUCGCCCCUGAGGCAAGCGAAGUGCUACCAUGGUUGUUUGUCGGUGGCGAGGAGCCCGCGAGGAACCGUGCCCUGCUUCUCUCUAAAGGCAUUACGGCAGUUGUCAACACAGUUGCCUUUGCGAUACCAAACCAGUUCACUGACGUGUUUCAAUACCUUUCUCUCUGCACAAGUGACUCUCCAGACGAGCCUAUUACAUCUCUCUUCCCAAUUGUGAAUCGUUUCAUUGAUGAGGAGCACUUUCAGAACGACGGGAAAGUUUUUAUUCACUGCCAGCAGGGAGUGUCACGGUCGUGUUCAUUUGUAAUUGCCUAUAUUAUGUGGCAUUACGGGAUGUGCUACGACCGCGCGCAUGAACUGGUGCACGCAAAGCGAGGCGUCUGCAGCCCGAAUGCGGGAUUUUACGUGAAGCUACGACUGUGGGAGCGGCAUUUAGUGCGACCCGUGUUAAAUAGGGCAUAUGUUUAUGCCCCAUACACCAAGUGCUUCCCACUUCCUUUUGUAUUUCACUUCGCACUUGAUUGUAAUCCCCUGUCGAUAUCAACGACUGGUAAGGAUGCUCAAAAUGAGAUGUCUCCUGAUUUUGGAACUCGUCCUAACAUCGAAGAGGAGAACAAAGUAUUAGGCGGUUUCGCUCAGAUUGUUAGCAAGGAAAAUCCUCGUGCUGUGCUCGAUACAAGACUUUCUUACGGCUUUAUAUUUGGCCAGUACGACACAUAUGCAGACGGUAAAUUUCCUGCGUCGCUUGAGACUUUUUUUCAAAUUGGGAGCGAAUGCCAUGACACUGUAGCGGAGCACGCACGGGAUGAGUGGCUUUCCUUUCUUCGAUAUAAUUAUUACACCUCAAAGGAGUCGCUUAGUUUGAAUAACCGGGGUGAAUACGUCCGUUUUUCUCCGAUUCCAGGCUUGUCUACUAAUGCCACGAGCAGCGGCACCCCCAACACAAACCAUGGGGCCACCAAUGUCAAGGCACUCGAGCUUAGUGUGCCCAUCGUUAAGGAUCUCUCAAUACUCGAAAAUCGAUUGAAGAAGUCGAUACUCGACGAUAAUAAGACACAGGAUGGGCGCCAGCUCUCUGUUCAGCUUCGUUGCGAGAAGGAUCCUCGCUGGGAUGCGCUACUUAAUCAGCCUGGUUUAAUUUUUGAAUUCGCCUCAGACUUGGGCAGAUGCGCUCGGUUGCGGGUCGCAGCGGAUAGUCGCAAGCGCAUCCGUGAGGAGGAGCUUCACCAAUAUCGCAGCUCCGGGGGCCGUUUUAGCACUAAUGUCUUUGUAGCAGAAAGGAAUACAAGCCCCGCAAAUCAGGUGGAGAGUGGUGAACAGGACCCUUCGCGCCCUCUCUUGGAUUCCACCACUGAUAUUAACACCAGCGGAGGUUCUAAUGCGUUCUCUUCUUCCUCACAGAAAAGCUGUGGCGGCGAUCCACCUGUACGUCGGAGAGCGGUUGCCGGGGAGGUGGUGGUCCCCACCUUGCACCCCGUGGAGGCAAAGGAUACCACAGGGGCGGGAGUCACCGUAGGGAAGGAAGAGGAUCAGGCCCAGCAGUUUGAUAUCGCCUUUGUGCGUUACCCUUUCGACACGCCACCCGUCUUUACUGUCCUUCCCGCGCUGGAGGACUUGCAGGAAGACGAAUGCUGGGCAAUCGCCGUUGCCGGUAACUCGCUGCUUCGCCCCAAUGCGAUAUACCUUUGGCUUGGAGGCGACUGCGGGUACCCUCCGGAGGCUGCGUUGGAGCUGUUUAAGAGUCACUUGGUGGUAAAACCGAGGGCUGCCCUCGCAGAGGAGGUGAGGUGCCGCGAGACGGAUGAGGAAAGGUACACUAUUCGUAUCGGGGAGUAUGUUAUGGAGGAUGUAGUCGUGCGGAUAGUGCAUCAAGGGGAGGAGCCUGACGAAUUGAUUCUUUUCCUAUAA